AGCAGUUAGUGGCAAAUGAAGUCCGGCUGUGCGGCUGGAUCUCCAGGGAAUGAAUGGAUUUUCUUCAGCACCGAUGAAAGAAACAUACACUAUCGGAAAACAAUGUGCAACCGGGGACUGCAAAGAUCUGCCAUCCUGUCAGCAUUUAUUCUCCUGCGAGCUGUUACUGGAUUCUCUGGAGACGGCAGAGCUGUGUGGUCUAAAAAUCCUCAUUUUAGCCCGGUAAAUGAAAGUCAGCUGUUUCUCUAUGACACUUUUCCUAAAAACUUUCUUUGGGGUGUUGGGACUGGAGCAUUUCAAGUGGAAGGGAAUUGGAAGACAGAUGGAAAAGGACCCUCUAUAUGGGAUCAUUUCAUCCAAACACACCUUAAAAAUGUCAACGGCACGGACAGUUCCAGUGACAGUUACAUUUUUCUGGAAAAAGACUUAUCAGCCCUGGAUUUUAUUGGAGUUUCUUUUUAUCAAUUUUCAAUUUCCUGGCCAAGACUUUUCCCCGAUGGAAUAGCAGCAGUUGCCAAUGCGAAAGGUCUCCAGUAUUACAAUGCUCUUCUCGAUGCUCUAGUACUUAGAAACAUUCAACCGAUAGUUACUUUGUAUCAUUGGGAUUUGCCUUUGGCCCUACAAGAAAAAUAUGGGGGGUGGAAAAAUGAAACCAUAAUAGAUAUUUUCAAUGACUAUGCCACCUACUGUUUCCAGACGUUUGGGGACCGUGUCAAAUAUUGGAUUACAAUUCAUAAUCCAUAUCUAGUUGCUUGGCAUGGGUAUGGGACAGGUCUGCACGCGCCUGGAGAGAAGGGAAACUUAGCAGCUGUCUACUCUGUGGGACACAACCUCAUCAAGGCUCAUUCUAAAGUUUGGCAUAACUACAACGUAAAUUUCCGCCCACAUCAGAAAGGUUGGUUGUCAAUCACAUUGGGAUCCCAUUGGAUUGAACCAAACAGAUCAGAAGACAUGAUGGAUAUACUCAAGUGUCAACAAUCCAUGGUUUCAGUGCUCGGAUGGUUUGCCAAUCCUAUCCAUGGGGAUGGAGACUACCCAGAGGUGAUGAAAAAGAAGUUGCUCUCCAUUCUACCCCUUUUCUCUGAAGCAGAGAAGAGUGAAGUGAGGGGCACAGCUGACUUCUUUGCCUUUUCCUUUGGACCCAACAAUUUCAAGCCCCAGAACACCAUGGCUAAAAUGGGACAAAAUGUGUCACUCAAUUUAAGAGAAGUGCUGAACUGGAUUAAACUGGAAUAUGGCAACCCCCGAAUCUUGAUUGCUGAGAAUGGCUGGUUCACAGACAGUCAUGUGAAAACAGAAGAUACCACAGCCAUCUACAUGAUGAAGAAUUUCCUCAACCAGGUUCUUCAAGCAAUAAGGUUUGAUGAAAUACGAGUGUUUGGCUACACUGCCUGGUCUCUCCUGGAUGGCUUUGAAUGGCAGGAUGCUUACACCACUCGCCGAGGAUUAUUUUAUGUGGAUUUUAAUAGUAAACAAAAAGAAAGAAGGCCCAAGUCUUCGGCACAUUACUAUAAACAGAUCGUACAAGAAAAUGGUUUUACCUUAAAAGAGUCCACGCCAGAUGUGCAGGGUCAGUUUCCCUGCGACUUUUCCUGGGGUGUCACUGAAUCUGUCCUUAAGCCCAAGGCAGUGGCUUCCUCCCCACAGUUCAGCGACCCUCACCUGUAUGUGUGGAAUGUGACGGGCAACAGACUGUUGCACCGUGUGGAAGGGGUGAGGCUGAAAACACGGCCAGCCCAAUGCACAGAUUUUGUCAGCAUCAAAAGACAACUCGAGAUGUUGGCAAGAAUGAAGGUCACUCACUACAGGUUUGCUCUGGACUGGCCCUCAAUCCUUCCCGCCGGCAACCUGUCCGUGGUUAACCGACAAGCUCUGAGGUACUACAGGUGCGUGGUCAGUGAGGGGCUGAAGCUCAACAUCUCCCCAAUGGUCACGUUGUACUAUCCGACUCACGCCCACCUGGGUCUCCCCACACCCCUGCUGCACAGCGGGGGAUGGCUGAACCCAUCCACAGUCCAGGCCUUCCAGGACUACGCCGGGCUGUGCUUCCAGGAGCUGGGGGACCUGGUGAGGCUCUGGAUCACCAUCAACGAGCCCAACAGGCUGAGUGACAUCUACAGCCACACUAGUAACGACACCUACCGGGCAGCCCACAACCUGCUGAUUGCCCACGCCCUGGUCUGGCACCUCUACGACAGGCGGUACAGGUCUGCGCAGCACGGGGCCGUGUCGCUGUCUCUGCACUCGGAUUGGGCGGAACCCGCCAACCCCUACGCCGACUCGCACUGGCAGGCCGCCGAGCGCUUCCUGCAGUUCGAAAUCGCCUGGUUCGCAGAACCCCUCUUCAAGACCGGGGACUACCCGCUGGCCAUGAGGGAGUACAUCGCCUUCAAGAACAGGCAGGGGCUCUCGCGCUCCGCGUUGCCUCGGUUCACGGAGGAGGAGAGGAGGCUGGUCAAGGGCGCCGCGGACUUCUACGCGCUGAACCACUUCACCACCUGGUUCGUGAUGCACGCGCGCCAGAACGGCAGCCGCUACGACGCGGACAGGGACGUCCAGUUUCUGCAGGACAUCACCUGCCUGAGCUCGCCCAGCCGCCUGGCUGUCCUGCCCUGGGGGGAGCGCAAGGUGCUGAGGUGGAUCCAGAAGAACUAUGGAGACGUGGAUGUUUACAUCACGGCCAAUGGCAUCGAUGACCAGUCUCUGGAGAAUGAUGAACUCCGAAAAUACUACUUAGAGAAGUACAUUCAGGAGGCGUUGAAAGCACAACUGAUUGAUAAAGUCAAAAUCAAAGGCUAUUAUGCAUUCAAACUGACUGAAGAAAAAUCUAAACCCAGAUUUGGAUUCUUCACAUCUGAAUUCAAAGCUAAAUCCUCAGUUCAGCUUUACAACAAACUGAUCAGCAACAGUGGCUUCCCUUCUGACAUCACUAGUCCUAGAUGCAGUCAGACUCCAAGAAACACAGAGUGCAUUGUCUGCUUAUUUCUUGUGCAAAAGAAACCACUGAUAUUCUUUGGUUGUUGCUUUUUCUCCACCCUGGUUCUACUUUUAUCAAUUACUAUUUUUCAUAAGCGGAAGAGAAAAAAAAAUUGGAAAGCAAAGAACUUACAGCACAUACCACUAAAGUAAGGACACAGAGAGGUCUUAGUGAAACUGAUCCUAUUUCUGUCUGUAUGAAAGAAAAUUUAAAAAAUUCACUCCGGUUCCGUAUACUGGUAACUUACAGAAUUACCUAUAUUGUAGAAAGACAAUUUGAAAUACUAGUGGUAACCAAGUGAUGACAAUCGAGGUCUCUGUUGUGUGGUUCAAAUGAAUUUUCCCUUAAGGUGUGGACAUCAGCGAAUUCAGUUCUUGGAUCUGAAGGUAAAGGCUUUACCCAGACAGUAAGCUAGGAUUAUCUGAUACACUGCUUCAUGAAGUUUGAUGAGCUGUUUUCUAUCAUUCUUCUCUAAAUACCAAUAGCUACCUUUAACAAAUUAUAUUGAAAAAAGUACAACUUUGGUUAGACUCCACAACAGAAAAUUUAAAACUCUUAACACUGGAUAAUCAGUGAUUAUUCUGUCACUUCUAAGGAGGUGCUUUUCCCCUUUAGAAAACACAAUAGGAUUAGUGUUCAUUUAUCAUCAGCUACAGCAUAGACUGUUAAGCCCACUGAUCCUAGUUUUCAAUAGUAAUAAAAGUUAUCAUUUAUAAAAUAUAGGA